AUGACAGUCUCGGAUUCGGAGUCAGAAGAUGAAGGAAGGGCACGGCGUGUGGGUCAUUUGGGUAAGAAGAAGCAACAGGCGCGAGAGCAGAAGGAAGCCAGACGUAGGCAAAGAGAGCACGAACUAGCUGUGUGGGAGUCUAAGCAGAAACGCGAGAAGCUUGUGAGAGAGUACAACGCCACGGUGGAGGAUGAAAAGGAGAAAGAGGCUGCACAGAAAAGU